UUUGUAGAGAUUUUUCAUUUAUUCUUUAUAUAUUCUAUUGUGUAUUCCUUGGAUACUUUCAUCUUUUCUACUGUACGAUUGAAGUAAAUGUGGGAAGCGUUUAACAACAGCCAUUUACUUCAAAGAUUUUUCUCAAUGUUAUUCUUAUUUAUUUAUAAGAGUCUUACUGAUCAUUUAAUUAGUGUUUUGCACUGGCCAAUUUAGGCUAAGUGGUUUGUUGUUUAAACUAGUAGAGUUCAUACCACAGUACACCACACGAUGGCAGUAUUUGAGCAGGAAACAAGUCCCCUUGGAUACUAAUCUUUAGGAUUUAAACAUUUCAGCAACAAUGAGUUAUAGUGAUUUUUUUUUUUUAAGAUAAUAAAGCUAUAGACAUACGAUACGUGACCUAAUACAUUACAAACAAACCGGUGGGUUAGCUUAAAAUCAAUAUAUGACUUCAUGUUUGCCAUUGAGAAUAUUUGAGAAUAACAAUUCCAUAAAGACGUUUCUAUUAGUUUUAAUGCCACAUCCGGUUGUACCCUUCACUAAAAAUUAAAUGUAGGCGAGUGUCACAUAUAACAUAAUAAAAUGCAAUCAUCUUCAUUUGAUGUGAUGUUAGUCUGUUUGUUGGCUUUUGUUGUUGUUGUUGUUGUUGUAAGCCUGGUACUCUCAACACAACUCAAUUUAAAUCCUGUCUUUGAGCAACAGAGCGCACAUACGGGUUAUUCUGCUCUGACAGCCAGGCAUGACAGGUCAUCUGUGACGUGUCGCUCUCUCAAAAGUAACAAAUAUGAACCAAAACAUAAAAUAAUGCACAACGUUGUUGUUUCUCUCAAAAUGUGGGCCCUUUUGUCUUCAUGUUCUCAUAGGAAAGAACGAGACCCCGCCUGCAAAAGUCAUGUGAACAGAUCCGCAACCAUUAAACUUGUUUCAGAGGAUUGUAAAACUCCAGGAAGUGAUCAAUAAGACACAGGAAUUGAAGUUAACAUUUUACAGGUGCAGAAAAUGGCGGGACGGCUCCUUCAGCUCCUCGCCUUGUGGACUAUCGUGGUCGGCGUUGUGCAGUGCUGUCCAGAGCUCUGCAGCUGCCAGGAUAAAUUUGCCCACCAGUUUGCUGACUGUUCUUACAAAGACCUGCUGGUGGUCCCCCUGGGUCUGCCCUCCAACGUUACCACCGUGAGCCUUUCUGCCAAUAAAAUCAAAAUACUGAAAAGUAAAAGCUUCAUCAAUAUCACGCAGGUCACCUCUCUCUGGCUGGCCUUCAAUGAGAUAGUUACCAUCGAAACGGACACCUUGGCCGCCCUCGUCCAGCUCCGCAACCUGGACAUCAGCUACAACAAAAUUGUGAACUUUCCGUGGCAGGAUCUGCUCAACCUUACAGCCCUGCAGCUUCUCAAAAUGAACAACAAUGAGAUGCUGAACCUUCCUAAGGACGCCUUCUCCACUCUCAAAGACCUGAGGUCGCUGCGCAUCAAUAACAACAAGUUCACCACCAUCGUGCAGGGCACCUUUAAUGCUCUCACCUCCAUGUCACACCUUCAGAUUUUUAACAACCCCUUCACAUGCUCCUGCAGCCUGGAGUGGCUGAGGGAUUGGAUUCUGACAACAAAGAUUUCUGUCCCCGAGCCAAAUUUAGUUUCAUGCGAGGCCCCUGAACACCUGAAGGGCACAAUGGUUACAUUGAUUCCCAAACUGGACUGCAAGGCCCCCACUGUCAAAAUCUCCUACGAGCCCAACAUUGAGAUCACAGAGCUCUACGAGGGUUCAACGGUUAUUUUAAAUGAUCAGGCACUAGGCAGCCCCACACCACAGGUCAGCCGGGAGGUCACUGGGAAUUGCAGCUGCUCUGCUGUUGAGCUGCAGAUAACAUGGAUCACCCUCACACUGGCUGUAACAGUGUCUGGGAUUUUCAGAUAGGCUUUGUGCAAUUGACUAUUUUAAACUAAGCAUUCCUUUCUUUUCUUUUUUAUGCUUUUGUGUUGGGCCAAACCUCCUGUUUUUUCAAACUAAGCAUUCCCUUAAGGGAUUAAGAAAGUAUUCUUUAGCUUUUAAAGUUAAUCAAAUCUUGAGAAUCUUCCAGUUAUUUUGGUGGGGAUUAUACCGUGUGUGAUUUUGUGUCAACAAAAAUAUCAUAAUAAUGAAUGGCAAUAACACACAAUGCAUUAUUAAUAAGUACCAAUGAAAGGUAACAAGUUAAAAUGGACCCCUCCCCAUACAGUGUCAACUCAUAAUCAGAUAAACUGAUAUCUCCAAAAGUUCAGACAAAGCUAUGAACUAAGGAUUCAACCUUAUUGCUUGUAGUAAGUUAAACAAGUGUGACUCAAAGUAUAGAUUCAUGAACAUAUUCUCUUACUAAUCAUUGAAUUAGUGUUUUGCACUGGGCACUUUAGGCUAAGUGGUUUGUUGUUUAAACUAGCAGUGUGCAUACCACAGUACACCACACGAUGGCAGUAUUUGAGCAGGAAACAAAUGCCCUCGGAUACUAAUCCUUAGGAUAUAAACAUUUGAGCAACAAUUAUGACUUGUAGUGUUUUUUUUUUAAAGAUAAUAAAGUAGACAUAAGUGACCAUAUACAUUACAAAUAGACCAGUGAGUGAGCUUAAAAUAAAUAUAGAGCUUCAUGUUUGCGAUUGACAACAUUUGAGAAUAACAAUUCCAUAAAGACGUUACUAUUAGUUUUUAUGCCACAUCCAGUUGUACCCUUCACUAAAGCUUGACGUUGGCUAGUGUCACAUAACAUAAUGAAAUGCAAUCAACUUAUCUUUAUCUGAUGUGAUGUGAAGAUUAUGGGUCUUUUCUCUAUACGUUUCCUCUGAAUUCAGCCUAUGGUCCUUUUUGUUUGUUUGGUUGUUUGUUUGUUGGCUUUUGUUGUUGUUGUAUUUAUAUUCGAGCAAUGCUGGAAAUGUAAGCCUGGCACUCUCAACACAACUAAACUUAAAUCCUGUUUUAGCAUUUGGAAGCUGCUGUCCUGUCCUUUAAUUAAAAACAAUAGUCUGCAGCCACACCGAAUGAGGUCAAAGAUUAGGCUUGGGUCGGGGUAAUAAAUAAAACAUAGGGUCCUGAAUUAUGAAUUUUCUUUGAGGGUGGAGGACCCGGAGCUUCUGUAUCUUUAAUAGUGAGGAGAGAGAUGGGAGAGGCUGCGCGUGCACGGUUUCUUUUUCUUGUUCCGCGGCAUCGGGAACGCGCAGUGGAUCUCACACUCGCUGGAGAGGAAAAAAGCGACGGACCGAAACAGCUACUCACCGGGAAAAUGUUCCCUCCACCGCCCUUCAUCAUCGCUGUCGACGCCUGCAAAAGUCAUGUGAACAGAUCCGCAGCAUUAAAGGACUCCAGUUUUUUCGACCAUUAAACUUGUUUCAGAGGAUUGUAAAACUCCAGGAAGUGAUUAAUAAGACACAGGAAUUGAAGUUAACAUUUUACAGGUGCAGAAAAUGGCGGGACGGCUCCUUCAGCUCCUCGCCUUGUGGACUAUCGUGGUCGGCGUUGUGCAGUGCUGUCCAGAGCUCUGCAGCUGCCAGGAUAAAUUUGCCCACCAGUUUGCUGACUGUGCUUACAAAGACCUGCUGGUGGUCCCCCUGGGUCUGCCCUCCAACGUUACCACCGUGAGCCUUUCUGCCAAUAAAAUCAACAUACUGAAAAGUAAAAGCUUCAUCAAUAUCACGCAGGUCACCUCUCUCUGGCUGGCCCACAAUGAGAUAGUUACCAUAGAAACGGACACCUUGGCCGCCCUCGUCCAGCUCCGCAACCUGGACAUCAGCUACAACAAAAUUGUGAACUUUCCAUGGCAGGAUCUGCUCAACCUUACAGCCCUGCAGCUUCUCAAAAUGAACAACAAUGAGAUGCUGAACCUUCCAAAGGACGCCUUCUCCAAUCUCAAAGACCUGAGGUCGCUGCGCAUCAAUAACAACAAGUUCACCACCAUCGUGCAGGGCACCUUUAAUGCUCUCACCUCCAUGUCACACCUUCAGAUUUUUAACAACCCCUUCACUUGCUCCUGCAGCCUGGAGUGGCUGAGGGAUUGGAUUCUGACAACAAAGAUUUCUGUCCCCGAGCCAAAUUUAGUUUCAUGCGAGGCCCCUGAACACCUGAAGGGCACAAUGGUUACAUUGAUUCCCAAACUGGAUUGCAAAGCCCCCACCGUCAAAAUCUCCUACGAGCCCAACAUUGAGAUCACAGAGCUCUACGAGGGUUCAAUGGUUAUCUUAAAUUGUGAGGCACUAGGCAGCCCCACACCACAGGUCAGCUGGGAGGUCACUGCAGGAAAUCAGAAUAAUUUGUUCCCCUUGCCCUCUACUGGAGAGGCAAAUGAUGUGCCAAUUAAUGAUAAAACGACCAACAAUCGUUUCCUCAUCUUUAGAAACGGCUCUCUCAUCAUCCCUCGCAUGAGCAAAAAAGAAGAUGGGAAUUACAGCUGCUCUGCGGUGAAUGAUUUAGGUAAAGCAGAGAGCGGUGUUAAACUGGCUAUGACAGGCACCCCGAAAAGUGGCAGCGAUUCAACGGUGGACAAGAUCCGUCCAUCUGUAAAAAAGCCAGAGCCCAAGAUGUCCAAAACUAAUGACAUAAACUGGACCAAGCUUGACGAAAAGACAAAGGGCAGUGCUGGCAGUUCAUCAGACAAAAAUGCUGUGAUGGGGCAGGGCGAUGGCUCAAAGAACCCCAACUUUGCAAGCAAGUGUGGCGUGAGAGAAAGUAGUGAAUACAUCACGAACCACGCCUUCAACCUGAGCUUGGAUGACCUGAAGCAGUACACGUUUGAUUUUGGUGUUAUUGCAUUAGAAGUGUCGGAGACAGAGGCCAAAGUGCAGCUGAAUCCCCUGCAGCUUCCCAGCAGCAAAUCUAACCUUCAUCUGAGCCACACUGAAAACCAGGAAACAGUAAAUAAAGAAGCCAUCGGGCAGUUACAGUCCUCGACCAGUAAAACCACACUGGACAUGCUGUACCUCUGUGUAAAUACAGGCAAUGGACACUCCAUGGUUCAGUGGUCCAAUAUAGAGGAGGGGGUUAAUGCCUACCGCUUCCAUGGUUUACAGCCUGGCACCAAUUACACACUUUGUCUGACUUAUGGGGGGCAGGACUGCCAAGUCCAAGUUGUGUUCACAACCAGGAAGAAGAUCCCCUCCCUGCUCAUCAUUGUGGUUGUCAGCAUUUUCCUACUGGGCCUGGCCACUGUUCCGUUACUGGGGGCCACCUGCUGCCAUUUGUUGUACAAAUACCAAGGGAAGACCUACAAGCUGAUCAUGAAGGCUCAGAAUCCGGACCAGAUGGAGAAACAAAUGACUGGAGAUUUUGAUCCCAGGGCGUCUUUUGUGGAGUCAGAGAAAACCUUCGACCCCAGCGAGUUAGGAGAGGGGGAGGCCGAUGAGGAGGACGGAGACGGAGAGGCUGAUGGGAGCGUGGUGACGGAGUCCAUCCCCGGAUCCUCAUCCAAAACCAACCCGGAGGAGUUUGAGGUGGGCUCGGAGUACAGUGACAGGUUACCGCUGGGGGCAGAGGCAGUCAACAUCUCGGAGGAGAUCAACGGGAACUACAAGCAGCCCAGCCGCUGAGCUCUGCGAGUACACUGUAACAUAUUUUACUUUAAGUAGCCUUACAUCCAAGCAGGUAACUCACCCACCAUUUAUUCACGUGAACAACGAUGGCUUAUCAUGCAUAAAAAGGUGGAUCUUGUCAUUUAUUUUACCUCAGAAAGUAAUCCGUCGAUCACCUGAGAUUGUGAUUUGAUUCAUGUGGCAUUUGUAGUCUACUGUACGGUUAAAAUAAGCAACACACGUUUACAAUACAAGCACAGAUUUCUACAGUUUAUAAGACCUUGAAACUGACAGGAAAGCAGCACAAAUGUUCUCUUUCUGCAGGACAGUGACACACGGGCAAUAUUGUGCACACGGCGAGGUGCGGAGUUUGCCGGAGUUACGCGUAACUGAAAGGAGAAAAAGAUAUUGAAUCACCGUUUUGGAGAUUACAAAAACAAAAAGUGCCAUAUGUUUUAAAGCCAUUUAAAAAAAACUCACACCAGGGACCAAUUGCUCUUUCUUAACUGGGUCUGAUGUGGAUGAGAAAUAAAUCUCAUAGUUACCAUCUCCUCAGGUGUCGCCACUCCGGCUCCGCUUUACGCAUCCAGUCGCAGAUUUGGAUGAAGAUUUUUCAUUAAAUGAUGCUAGUUCACACAUGGGUGUCGGUGCUGAUUUGCCCACUGUCAUGUGAGUCCAAAAAUGGAAAUAUCACUCUUAACUGUGUUGUGCUUGACGGGAAAUCCCAGGUUAUUUACCAACAAAAUGUUGUUUGACGUAAUGUAAGGCUUUAAAAAUGUGCGACUUUAACCUCUUAAUCCACGGGUGCUUGCUAUACUCUCGCUUUUUACAAUUAACGUGUCCAUGGCAUGUCACACGUAUUUCCUUGUGUGGUUUUUAUUAGUGUAGUGUAGAGGACUUUAGAUGUUACUGUCUAACUGUGAUGUAAAGCCAUGUGAAUUUAAAUUAUUUUUUUUUUUACGGUAAGUUUCUAUGAAGCCUCAACGAAAGGGCGCACUGACUGUCUUGUAAUUGGAUAUAGUGAGUUUUUGUGAACUGUUGUAAAACGAAACUAAAAACAAAACCCGUGACCUUUCAAGAUUUUUUGAUAUCAUUUUAUGUAAGUGGAAUUAAUAAAACAUGAAACUAUA